AUGAUGGCUGUAAGUUCGACGUGUAAGGAUGGGAGUACUAAGAUAGCAAUGGACAAUGGAAAGUACGUAAGGUACACACCAGAACAAGUGGAAGCACUGGAAAGGCUUUACCAUGAAUGUCCCAAGCCAAGUUCUAUGCGUCGCCAACAGUUGAUUAGGGAAUGCCCUAUUCUUUCUAACAUCGAACCUAAACAAAUCAAAGUUUGGUUCCAAAAUCGAAGAUGUAGAGAGAAGCAAAGAAAAGAGGCAUCGCGUCUUCAAGCUGUGAAUAGGAAAUUGACAGCAAUGAAUAAGUUGUUAAUGGAGGAGAAUGAUAGGUUGCAAAAGCAGGUGUCUCAGCUGGUAUAUGAGAAUAGUUAUUUCCGCCAACAGACACAAAAUGCUACAACCCUUGCCACCACAGACACAAGUUGUGAAUCAGUGGUGACCAGUGGUCACCACCAUUUGACUCCUCAGCAUCCGCCAAGGGAUGCCAGCCCUGCAGGACUUUUGUCCAUUGCUGAGGAGACUUUAGCACAGUUUCUUUCGAAGGCCACUGGAACUGCUGUGGAGUGGGUCCAAAUGCCUGGGAUGAAGCCUGGUCCGGAUUCCAUUGGAAUCGUUGCUAUUUCUCAUGGUUGCACUGGUGUGGCAGCACGUGCAUGCGGCCUUGUGGGUCUAGAACCUACAAGAGUUGCUGAAAUCCUUAAAGAUCGGCCAUCAUGGUUUCGUGAUUGCCGAGCUGCGGAUGUUGUAAAUGCAUUGUCCACUGGAAAUGGUGGGACUAUUGAGCUGCUUUAUAUGCAGCUCUAUGCGCCGACAACUUUGGCACCAGCUCGUGACUUCUGGCUACUGCGCUACACAUCUGUUUUGGAGGAUGGUAGUCUUGUGGUCUGCGAGAGAUCACUUAACAACACUCAAAAUGGUCCAAGUAUGCCACCUACUCAGCAUUUUGUGAGAGCAGAAUUACUGCCUAGCGGGUAUCUUAUUAGACCUUGUGAAGGAGGUGGAUCAAUUAUUCAUGUUGUUGAUCAUAUGGACUUGGAGCCUUGGAGUGUACCUGAAGUGUUGCGCCCACUUUAUGAGUCAUCAACAUUGCUUGCUCAGAAGACAACAAUGGCGGCUCUACGACAUUUGAGGCAAAUUUCUCAAGAAGUUUCUCAGCCAAAUGUAACUGGUUGGGGUAGAAGACCCGCAGCUCUACGUGCACUAAGUCAGAGACUGAGCAAGGGAUUCAACGAAGCUGUUAAUGGAUUUGGUGAUGAGGGAUGGUCUAUGUUGGAAAGUGAUGGCAUUGAUGAUGUAACCGUUCUUGUAAACUCAUCUCCUACCAAAAUGAUGGGUGUAAAUUUUUCUUAUGCCAAUGGAUUUCCAUCCAUGAGCAAUGCAGUGCUUUGUGCAAAAGCAUCCAUGUUAUUACAGAAUGUGCCUCCAGCAAUACUUCUCAGAUUCUUGCGUGAACAUCGAUCAGAGUGGGCAGACAGUGGUAUUGAUGCUUAUGCAGCUGCGGCUGUUAAAGCUGGUCCUUGUAGCUUGCCAGUGUCGCGAGCAGGAAAUUUUGGAGGUCAAGUUAUCCUCCCCCUGGCUCACACAAUUGAGCAUGAAGAGUUUAUGGAGGUCAUUAAGCUCGAAAAUAUGGGCUAUCGGGAGGACAUGCUCAUGCCUGGUGAUGUUUUUCUGUUACAACUCUGCAGUGGAGUGGAUGAGAAUGCUGUUGGCACCUGCGCUGAACUCAUCUUUGCCCCAAUUGAUGCCUCUUUUUCUGAUGAUGCUCCUAUCAUUCCUUCUGGUUUCCGCAUCAUUCCUCUUGAUUCAGGGAUGGAUGCCUCCAGUCCAAAUCGCACGCUUGACCUUGCAUCUGCUCUUGAGGUUGGACCUGCUGGAAACAGAGCUUCAGGCGAUCUCUCAGGCCGCAGUGGGUGCACAAAGUCAGUGAUGACAAUAGCAUUCCAAUUCGCAUUUGAGAUGCACCUUCAAGAAAAUGUAGCAUCCAUGGCUCGGCAGUAUGUUCGUAGUGUUAUAGCUUCUGUCCAGCGGGUAGCAUUAGCCCUUUCCCCUUCUCAUUUUGGUUCUCAUGCCGGUUUUCGGCCGCCUCCUGGUACCCCUGAAGCACACACACUUGCUCGUUGGAUAUGUGAAAGCUACAGGUGCUAUUUAGGUGUGGAACUGCUGAAAAAUGAAGGAAGUGAAUCUAUUCUUAAGACACUCUGGCAUCACUCAGAUGCACUUAUGUGCUGCUCUUUGAAGACUCUGCCAGUUUUUACAUUUGCAAAUCAGGCAGGACUUGACAUGCUCGAGACAACCUUGGUCGCGCUUCAAGACAUCACUUUGGAAAAGAUAUUUGAUGAUAAUGGAAGGAAAACAUUGUGCUCAGAAUUCCCACAGAUAAUGCAGCAGGGUUUUAUGUGCCUUCAAGGUGGUAUUUGCCUGUCAAGUAUGGGAAGGCCAGUCUCUUACGAGAGAGCCGUGGCGUGGAAGGUAUUGAAUGAAGAAGACAGUGCUCACUGCAUUUGCUUCAUGUUCAUCAACUGGUCUUUUGUGUGA